CUCACCGAGGAAGAAGUGAAAAAAGAAAACAAUCACACACGGCGGGUUUAUGUCGUGUUUUCUUGUUUUGCACUUUUUCACCACAGUUUUUUUUUUUUUUAUCGCUUUAUCGUAAAGAUUUGACUGACACGACACCAUGCCGGUUAUCUGUGCGGUAUCAGGGUGCAACAAUAAGUUUAUCAAAGGGUCGGAAAUACGAUUUUACAGAUUUCCACUCAGCAAACCUCAACUGGCCAACAAAUGGGUGCACAGCCUGGGGAUGAGGAACUUCGUCCCAACUGCAAACACCUGCCUUUGCUCGGAGCAUUUCAGGGCAGACUGCUUCAGAGACUACAACGGCAAACAGUUUCUGAGGGAGGAUGCCGUGCCCACCAUAUUCAACAACGGGAAGGACUCGUCGAAGAUUGAACUGCGUAAGAGAGUAGUGCCACCAAAGGAGACAAACGUUGCAAACCCAGUGAUGACACAGGGGGAAGGAGACAGAGCCAGGGAGGCCGUUGGUCUCCGCAGAGACAAAAGAGGAGGAAUGAGGGGUGGACGAGGAAGCCGUGGAGGAAAACAGUUUUCUGACAGGCAGGCCUUAGGAGCCAAGAGCCGAGUCUACGACAACAAAGGCCGGCUGCUGUCCAACAGUAAGGACAUGUGCGACUGUCUGGAUGUGGACUGCAUGGGCUGCUUCUAUCCAUGCCCCGAGUGCGGCUCACGAAAGUGCGGAGUGGAGUGUCGCUGCGACAGGAAGUGGCUUUACGAGCAGGUGGAAGUGGAGGGCGGAGAGAUCAUCCGGAACAAGUUUGCUUUUUAAUCAGCAGUGACUCUUUAGAUGCUCUAUCGUGAUACCAGGGAAACAAAACGUUCAUUCUCUCUAAAUUCAGCAAACACUGUGAUGCUUCAUUGAAGGAAUCCUCCUGAGUGUUUUAAUGAUAUUUAUCAGAUUGAUGAAGCGACAGUCUGUGGUGGAAGACUGUGCAGAGCGGUGUUUAUCUUCAGCGGAAUCCUUCAUGUUCAUUCUGUUACUCCUGAGAAAACUGUUCUUGAAUGUCAUUGUAAAUAAAACGUUUUCUUUUUUUAAAUAUUU